UUUAUUUAAAGGAGCGGAAGUGGACCAAAAGUUUGCUAGGUGAUGCAGGGUUAUAGCUUGCAAAUUUGGUUCUCUAAUUUUAAUGAGAACGAUGACAGAAAGUUUAAUCUUGUAUCUUCUAAUCCUUAUUUUGACAGUAGAGUUUAGUUAUGUGAGGGCAUCUCCACUAAACUCUGACCCCCGUAUACCCUAUCCAUCCGAUCGGUCGCAGAUGAGUAAACCUUUCCAAAUUAAGCAGCCCUCGAAUCAAAUGAAAGCGUCACCCGGCAGACAGGUCACACGUGUCAAAACCGUAGCCGUGAUUUGUCACGAGAAUUACAUGGAGAUUGCGAUUAAGGCUGACCUCUUUGAUGUUGGCCUACCUGUAGAUGCUUCAGAGCUGCGGCUUGGCGCUGACAGUCAAUUCAUUCCUUCUUGUAAAGUGACCGCGUUAUCCACUAACGAGUACAUCAUAGCAGCUGAACUCACCGACUGUGGCACUCAGCAUUGGAUUACAGAUGACUCUCUUAUAUACACCAACCUCCUUAUCUUCACUCCACAACCCUCUCCAGAUGGAGUGGUUCGCCUUGAGCAGGCAGUAGUUCCCAUUGAAUGUUAUUACAGCAGAAAGUUUGAUGUUACCAGUAACCCCAUCAGACCAACAUGGAUUCCUUAUGGUUCAACUCAAUCUGCAGUGGAGGAGUUAGAGUUUUCACUAAAGUUAAUGACAAGUGAUUGGCGCUCUGAACGGGCCUCUUCUGUGUACUUCCUGGGUGACAUCAUAAACAUAGAAGCCUCAGUUCGUCUGGGACAUCAUGUUAACCUCCGCAUAUAUUUUGAGAGCUGUGUUGCUACAGUGACUCCAGAUAUUAAAUCUGUCCCCAGAUACACGUUUAUUGAGAAUCAUGGUUGUCUGAUGGAUGGACAGACAACAGGCUCAAAGUCUCGUUUCUUGCCCAGAAUCCAGAAUGACAAACUCCAACUACAACUGGAUGCAUUCAAAUUCCACCAAGAGACCAGGCCAGAGAUGUACAUCACUUGUACUCUUCAAGCUUACCCUGUAAUGGAUGUAGUUAACCCAUUUCAUAAAGCAUGCUCCUUUAUCAGUGGAAGCUGGAAGGCUGCAGAUGGAAGUGACUGGGCUUGUUACAGCUGCCAAGCAACAAAAGAUUAUGCACCAUCCUUCCGUUCUACACUGCAGCAAACUGAGCCACCUUCUCCCAGACAAGACCAAACCUCAUCUUCCCAAAGGCCUAACAAAUUUCAGCCCAGGAUUCAAGAGGGUUCUGGAAGUUCCUUCAAUUCCUUUCUAACAGCAAAUGAGCCUGUUCCCUCCUGGAGGAACAUAAUUCUCCCACAAGAGGAGGAUGAGGGAAUUGUUUCAGUGGAACGGGAACAGGAGAAAACAGUGGGUCCACUGGCCAUCUUUCCAAAGAAAAGCAAAAUGGGGUUUCUGGCUCCUCCCAGAGUGAAGCAGGGUGUUCCUCCGGUCCCUUCUCUCAGUAAAGAUAAGAAACCGAUGCCUCAUAGUAGCCUGUGGAAGAAUGGUGUUUCUGCUGAGAUGGAUCAAGAGGGUGCUAUAACUCCUCUACCCUCAUUGGAACCCACUGAGGAAGUUAUUAUCAUGGAAAGUGAACCAGAAUCCAAGAAACUGGAGGAGGUGGACGAUGAAUAUGACGAUGCUGAUGAUAAAGAAGACUAUGAUGGUGGAGAUGAAGACCAUGGCUAUGAAGAGGAAAAAGGAAAGGCAAAAGAGGCUAAUCAAAGCGUGUGGAAGACUAGACUCUUGCCAGAAGAAGAUUUGAAAGAACUCUUCACAACUCAAACCUCUAACAGUGAGGAAGACUCUGGACUGCAUACAUUAGAUACAAGCCCUUCCCUACCAGAGGAAGAGGGGAUUACAUAUCACCCUUCUAAAGAUUCCUGAACUUUUAUUUUUUAUUUUUUUUUUUUUAUUUUUUUUUUUUGAAUGCUGACACAGAUCAAGCAAUCUUGCUGAGUUGGAGGAGAACCUUGUUUGUGAAGCACACAAGCUGGAACCAGGGCUUAAAAGCUUUCACUCGUUGCACUAAUUAAAUGGUUUCAUAAAUUAAACAUUUUUCCUUGUCUUCA